CAAUCAGCUGAGUUCUUUCCCCGUUGAUUCUACAGUGUAGCGAGAUUCUCUUCUCGUGCCUCAGUACAGACGCGAUCGGUCGCGUAGUUUUGCGCAAAAUAAUGUUUAGAAUUUGGACCAGAAGCUCAACGCGAAGUUCGGCGACCGAUUUAAACAAGCGUAAAUCUUACUUUUAUCAGUCAAGAGAAUGUAGCGGUCAUUCGAGGAUCUUGGGUAAAUUAAUUUCGUAGUUCCAUAUAGACAGAGCCAGCACUUUACCAAGUAAGAACUAGCUAACUGGCUAAUUCAUUGCGCAUCACUGCGAGCUUAGCCGCGGGGGCUAGCGGUGCGCGCGCACGUCUGCGAGAGUAGUUGGUUGUAAUAAACGCUAAACAACGAAGCAACUGGUUGAGCCGAACAUAAUGGUAUGGGUCAAAGGGACAUCACAGCUUUCGAGGCGUCCAUGAAAAGAAAAAACGGAGUUCCCACUGUCUCUAUGUGUCGACUGGAUGUGGAGUCCGCUGUUGUGAAGAAGGAAGUUGAGCCCGCCGGAGGAGAUGGUGCCCUUUCCUCGUCAAGGUACAUGUUGGGCCGGGGGGUGAAACGUAAGCUAAGCACAUGUGAGGACCCUGCCCAGGACUUGCCAUAUCCUCAGCAGAGGCAGCUGGUGCUGGACUUGUGUCUAGACAAGCUACAAAGCUGCCAGCAGCGUGCUGAACCCUGCCUGCACCGUUCGGUCCUGCUGGCCAACACCCUCCGCCAGAUUCAGCAGGAGAUGAGACAAGAGGGGGAAACCUGUGUGCCACCAGCCCCGCUCGGCCCCUCGCUCCCUCAUGCCUCCACCCCACGCCACUUCCCCGACCUGCCACCUGUGCCCUUAGACUGUCCUCCACCCCUAACCGGAGCACUCUCCCCUUCAUUCCCCCUCACGACGGCUGAGGAUGAGGAGGUCCAGUUGGGCAGCACUGAAAAUGAGACCGUUUUGCCAUCCCUCGCUGGUGAGGACGACACAAGGUCGUCAGAUUCGCUUUUCGGCUCUUUUGAGAUUACUAAUUCCACCAGCUACUUGACAGACUUGCCGUUGGAUGACAUCUUUGAAGACAUCGACACGUCGAUGUACGACGACUCUGAUGUUUCUGUCCUGGCGUUUCCUGCGCAGAGAAGCAGCGGGGUGGACGAUGGCCUCAAGACCUUUUCCAGCUGCACAUCCAACAGCAGCCUACAGCUCUGUCUCUCAGACAUCAACGACCUGGACCACAUCAUGGAGAUCCUGGUGCGCUCCUGAACCACGGCUUGCACCACAGUGUCCUCAUUCAGCCAUCCCAGUGUUUUCUAUGGGAAAUGAAUAAUACAAUGUGUUUUCUUUUAAAAAAACAAAAAACAAAUAUUUGAUCUAUUUUUAUACAAAGGACUGAUAUAUUUAUAUAUAAUAAAAGGAAACUGCCUGA